UUUCCCCUUAUAGGCCUCCUCCACUGAAGAUAUUUUGACAUGUCACAGUAGGAAAAACAAACACAUAGCGUUAAAUAAUAAAAUGUAUCUGCUUCUGUUUCAGGGUUCUGGUAUUGUUUAUGCUGGCACAAUACUGUCACAUUGUCUUGGCUUUCAGAACACUUGAACACAACAGAGCCAUUGUUAGCUUUAUUAGCAACACCUGUGCUUUUCCUGCUGUUGACAAUUCAAAAUUUCUGUUGUGAAAAAGCCCUAUUUCCCAAAAUUCCUUUUACUUAGUUGCUCUAAAGAUCAUUAGACAACCUGGCUGAGAGUGACUGGAGUUGGAACAAAAGCAAGAAAACAAACAUGUCUCCAGAUGAGUCUGAUGCUUGAAACUUCAUCACUGAAGGCUGCAAAUGUGCAGUAAAGCCAAAAAAGCAGCAAUUAACAUCUUCUCAUCUCCUGCAGGUCAUACAUGGCGGCCCAAGAAAUGUGACCUAUCCGCGGUGGUGCAGCUGUCGUUCCAAACCUGAGGGAGCUGGGGGUGAAGCAGUGAGACGGGGGGGAGACGGGAGAGAGAGAGGAGACAGAUAACAUGAGCUGAUUUAAGUACUUAUAAGCCUAAAAAGGUUAAAAGUAUAUAUUUUCUUAGUACUCAUUAAAAACGCACCAGACCAGAAGGCCUGAGUGGUUUGACAUUUAGAGAAAAGGAUCUCUGUCUCUGUCUCAACACUCUUCAUCGGGGUUAAAGCUGUUGAAAGGGACCAUGGCAGUGGCUGCUAAUGCUCCAUGAUCUAGGGUGGACUUACACCUAGAGCCGGUGCUCACUAAAGGACACAGAGAGACACGGGCUUUAGCAAAUGAUUUGAGAUGAAAUAUUUUGUUCCAUGGAUCUUGUUACCUUAACUUGGACUUUGCGGGGAAGUCCAAAGGGAUUCCUUUCAGCUUUAAUGGCAAAAGUGAGGUGACAUGAUAAACAACAAGUCUACAGUACAAGAAAACCAAGUACAUUCCCAGGUGCAACAGCCCAGGUCGAGCAUCCUCUGCACUCCCCAUGAGCCCAGAGAUAUCUGAGCCAAUGGAGUAUUUCAGAAGACGCCUCCAAUAAAUGCAGCUCAUGUUGAAACCACAAUCACUUACAAGAUAAAAAAUUUACAGUUCGUAAAGAAGUAGGUAAAGAAAUCAAUAUGGAAGAACGCCCAGUACCCAGCCCCAGUCUUGACAUCCCUUCCAAGAGGGCCAAAGUCACCAAGGACCAGGUUGUUCCAGACAGCAAGACUUUAACUCAGGAACCCACGCCGCCAGUUUUCAACCGUAAACUCCGCAAAGCAGCGGUAGGAACGGGCUGUGAUAUCCGUCUGAGGGUGUCAGUGGCAGGAUUUCCAAAACCUUCUCUGACAUGGUACCACAAUGACAAGCUCCUUCCUCCAUCUGAAGCCCAGGACUCCGGGGGGCUGUGGAUACGCGACUGCCACACCAGUGAUGCUGGCUUGUAUACCUGCAUGGCUACCAAUGAGUUAGGAGAGGCGAGCUGCAGUGCUGUCUUGGCCAUCAUGGACCUUGGAGAAGACUCUGAGACCACAGAGGAUGAGACCACAGAACCUCAGAUGGAAACCAAAGAGGGGCCCGGGAGGCACCAAGACAAGGCUGGCCGGAGAGGACCUUCAGGUGAGGGAGGCAGGAUGAUGGACUAUAACCCAGAUGCUUCAGAUCGCAGGGCCACUCUCCCAGGCGCCUAUGAUCCUGUCGUGGAGCGAGAACUCCGGGCUCUGGGCUCACGCCCACCGGGGCCCCACUUGGACCCAACAAACCCAACCAGGACUCAAACUGCUGACGAAUCACAGGGGCGCUCCUCCCGUAUCCCCCUGUCUUCUCCUCAGCCACCUCCCAGUACACACAAAAACAACAUCAGUACCCAAAACCAAGACCUGGAUAAAAAACCCUCAGAUGCCCAUCCCCAAUCCUCUACGACAGAGCAGGCAUCUAAUGUUAACAAUGUUGUCAUGACACCCAAACUGGCUCGUGCAGGGCCCAAGAUCUUUGACAAGGUCCGGGCUUUUGAGGAGCGAAGGUCAAGUGUGGAUCUGCCAGGAGGAUCUGUUUCAGGAUUUGGACAGGCAGCUUCUUGCGACUCAGAUGACAGUGGGAAGAAGACAGGAGGCCCGAGCAAAGAAGAGGGUCGCAGCCUGCGGGAUGCCGCCCAGAAGCGAACAGCGUUCAAGCAACGGGCCUCCUCUUGGGAGGACAAGACAAGCUACUCCCAAAGGGUCCAGAGCUACCAGAGCAAGUUCACCGAAGAGCUCCAGAGGAUCAAGAAACUUGUGGGGAAACCGAGCUUGAAGAAGGCGUAUUCCACUGAGCAGCUGCCACAGAAAGAGAGGCUGACCACAAGGAAACUGGAGCCCAUCCCUCCUCAAGUGCUUAAAAAGUUGGAAGCAAGAGAGCAAGCCCUGGAGGGAAGAAAAAUUGGGGGGAGGGAGGGCGAGAGCAGAUUGCAGGUUUUUCCACAAGCCCAAGGCAAUGAUCUGGGGAAUCAAAGCAACAACCUUGAAAGGGAUAAGAUGACACAGGCAGAUUCACAGGGGAAACCAGUGGAUAGCUCAUCACGAGGAAGCACAGGGAAAAUCUCUGUUACCAUGGAGACGGCACCAGUUCACCAGUUACCAGGGCAACCAUUGCCAACAGCCAGAAAGACAAGAUUCACCAGGGAAACCCUGCAAAGCUCUCCGACAGCUGACAAAGACGCUCUUGUUGCCACGUCACAACAACCCUCAUCCCCUCCCGGAGACCAGGGGACAGAUGCAAAGAGGGACACCAAGAUGGACAACAAAGCCGACCACAGAUCACCCAGCCCGAUAGCGAAGAGAGUAUCCCCAGUAACAGCGAGGGAACCAGGGUCCCAGUAUCCGCCCAAGCCCCCUCGGCUCGCCCCGUCACCCACCCCUUCCAUCAGCCCUCUCCUAAAAAGGAGGAAGGCGGAGGUGGGGCGAACGUCUCCCGCCUUGAAAGUGACCGUUCCCACUACCCUGGUGGAGGAUGAACCCAUGGAGACAGAAUGUGUUGCAGACAGGAGUAAUGAGAUAAACCAGAGCAAGAGGAAGGAGGGGAGGGGUCGCAAAAGCAAGAAAGGCCGCUCCACUCAACCCAGGUCACCAGACGAAGGAGGCUCAUCUGAUGACUCCUACAUGUCUGCUGAUGAGGAACCAGCUGAGGGCCCGAGGUUUGAGAGGCUUCUUGAGGACACCGUGACACCUAGUGGCUCCGAGGUCACGCUGAAAUGCAUCAUCACUGGCAGCCCACCACCGACAGUGACAUGGAAGAAGAAUAACGUGGAGAUACGCAGCGAUGCCUUCCAUGUGGUUAAGUCUGAGGGCGAGAAGUACAGUCUGGUGAUAAAGCAGAUGAGGCCGAACGACGCGGGGUCGUACUGCAUCACAGCUGUCAACGCCGCGGGUAGAGCAUCCUGCAGCGCCAUGAUCUCCAUCCAAUCAGAGACGACCCCCAUUCAAUGUGGGAAACCAGUUGGGUCCCUGGAAGCCAGUGGUUCCAUCCAGUCAGAUGAGGAGUACCUGAGCCCUCAAGAGGAGGCGAUGGAGCUCGGGGACUCGCCUGCUCCGAGUAAAAGUGUCCACUUCAAAGAGCCUCCGGCGUUUCAGGUGGCACCAUGUGACCAGGGGGUAACUGAGGGCCAAGAUGUCGUCAUUUCGAUGAAAGUCAGAGGGCAGCCCAAACCUAUGGUUUACUGGUUGAAGGACAGAGUCACAGUAAAGACGGCGGGGCGCUUCGCUAUGCGAGAGACAGAUGAUGGCACCAGUGAAAUGAGAAUCAGCUCAGCUCAGAGGUCGGAUGCAGGCCUGUACGUCUGCAAGAUCAUCAACGAGUACGGAACCAAGCAGGCGGAGUGCAGAGUGGAAGUCAAAGCUGCGGCACAAACAGCGCUGACGAUCACCAGGGAAGUGAAAGGUGUGGCGGUGAGGGCCGGAGAGUCGGCCAUGUUCGAGUGUCACAUUACAGGACCCCCAGAUGUCGAUGUGGACUGGCUAUCCAACGGGAAGCUGAUCCAGCCGGCGCUGCUCAACUGCAAGAUGCAUUUCGAUGGCAAGAGGUGCCGUCUCCUGCUGAAUUCAAUACAUGAGGAUGAUAGUGGGACAUACACUUGCAAGCUGAGCACGGCGAAAGAGGAGUUGACCUCAAGUGCGAGCCUGAAGGUCACUCCAUCCAAGGAGCCUCUGUUCACCCGCAAACUGGACAUCCUGGAGGUCAUCGAAGGUCGCACUGCCCGGUUUGACUGCAAGGUGAGCGGAUCACCUGCUCCUAAAGUCACCUGGAUGCAUUUUGAGACGCAAGUGGAGGAGAGUGAUAAUGUUCGCAUCCUCAAAGAGGGGGGUCGUCACUCACUUGUCAUCGGCCAUGUUAGCAGCGACACAGAGGGCUUCUACACAGCAGUCGCUCAAAACGUUUAUGGAAAGUCUGAAUGCACCGCUGAGCUCUACAUGCAAGAACCCCGAGCUGCCAUCUCUUCGCACAUGGCCAAGUUGGAGAAGAUGCCAUCCAUCCCCGAAGAGCCUGAACUGCUUGAGAGUGAAGUGGAAAAGAGGACGAUGCCGGAUUUUGUCAAACCUCUGGCUGAUGUAGAAGUGAUUGAAGGCAAAGAGGUGGUGCUGAAAUGCAAGGUGGCGGGCCUGCCCUACCCAACCAUCGCCUGGUACCACAACGGCAAGCCUAUUGAGAGCAGCGAAGAACGCAAAAUGACCCAGCACAGGGAUGUCCACAAUCUGGUCAUUCGGAGCGCUUGUCACGCUCAUGGGGGCGUCUACAAGGCCGUCAUCUCUAACAAAGUGGGCAAAGCAGCCUGCUAUGCACAUCUAUAUGUCACAGAUAUCGUUCCUGAUCCCCCUGAUGGCCCCCCAGUGAUAGAGACCAUUACAGGGAAAACUAUAAGCCUCAGCUGGAAGAGACCCAAGAAGUUUGACUCUUCAUUUGACACAGGCUCCUUGCUGUAUGUGGUUCAGCAGCAGCCUCUCGGCUCUAUCCAGUGGUCUGUCGUGGCGUCAAACCUGAAGGAAGCCAACUACACUGUCACCUCCCUGUCCAAGGGAGUCCGCUACGCUUUCAGAGUCCUGACGUCCACUGGCAAGACAUUAAGCAAACCAUCACCUUCCACUGACCUGGUCCAGCUCCUGGACAGAGGACCCUAUCUGAGGAAAGCACCGAUCAUCAUGGACAAACCUGACAUUAUCUAUGUGGUUGAGAACCAAUCUGCAACCAUCACCAUCACACUAAACCAUGUGCAUGCAGUUGUCACCUGGAAAAGGAGGGGGGUGGCGUUGGUCAACAAACCAGGUAUGUAUGACAUGAGCAUGCCAGAUGAUGAUCAACACACCCUGAAGCUUCAGCGGGUCAAGAGCACGGACGUUGGCCAGUUGGUGGUGACAGCUAGCAACCAGUUUGGCAGCGACCUCUGCACACUUCAGCUUGCCAUGGCAGUGCCUCCUAAGUUCGAAACCAUCAUGGAGGAUGUGGAUGUGCAUGUUGGGGAAACGUCCCGUCUGGCUGUUGUGGUUGAAGGGAAACCAGACCCAGACAUUCUGUGGUAUAAGAAUGACGUGCUUCUCUCUGAGAGCAGCUACUUCACAUUUGUGUACGAUGACCCAGAAUAUUCGCUUGUGGUCCUCAACGCCCGGCCCGAGCACUCUGGUGUUUACACCUGCACUGCAAAGAACCUGGCCGGCUCCAAUUCCUGCAAGGCUGAGCUCACAGUUCACACAGAGCGAAAAGAAGAGGCAGAGCCAAUGGAAGAUGAGGGAACCAUUCUGAGGAAAAUGAGGCGUUUGACGGAUUACUAUGAUAUCCAUAAAGAGAUAGGACGGGGGGCCUACUCCUACGUGAAGAGGGUGACUCAGAAGAAGGGCAAGACCGAGUUCGCAGCCAAGUUCAUUUCAGCACGAGGAAAAAGGAAAGCGCUGGCCCUAAGAGAGAUGGACCUGCUGUCUGAGCUGGACAACGAGAGGAUUCUCUAUUUCCAUGAUGCCUUUGAGAAGAAGAAUGUGGUGGUGCUCAUAACAGAGUUAUGUCAUGAGGAGCUGCUGGAGAGAAUGGCCAAAAAAACAACAGCCAUGGAAGUGGAGAUCCGCUCUAGUGUUCAGCAGGUUUUGGAGGGUCUGCGUUACCUUCACCAGAAAAACAUUGCACACCUCGAUAUAAAGCCAGAAAAUAUUUUAAUGUCAGGUCCUGGCAGUGACCAGAUCCGUAUUUGUGACUUUGGCAAUGCCAUCAAAUUGGAGUCGUCCGAGGAGCACUACUGCAAAUAUGGCACUCCAGAAUAUGUUGCACCAGAGAUUGUUAACCAAACUCCUGUCUCCACGGCAACAGACAUAUGGCCUGUUGGUGUCAUCACUUAUCUCUGCCUGACAGGUGUGUCUCCCUUUGCUGGUGAAAAUGACAGAGCCUCUGCAUUAAAUAUUCGGAACUACAAUGUGGCGUUUGAGGAGAGCAUGUUUUCUGACUUCUGCAAAGAAGCAAAGGGAUUUGUCAUCAAGCUUUUGGUGGUGGACAGACUGAGGCCCAGUGCCAUUGAGUGCCUUCGUCAUCCUUGGUUCAAGUCAACAACAAAUAAGAGCAUCAACACAGCAAUGCUAAAGCAAGUUUUGUCUAGAAGGCGAUGGCAGCGUUCCCUUAUCAGCUACAAAUCCAAGAUGGUGAUGCGGUCCAUCCCAGAACUCCUGAAUGACUCAUCCAGCCACGUCUCUGUUGCUGUGGCCCGGCAUUUGAAAGAAGGCUCCCCACCUCCUUCCUCUUCCUCUGACUCCGAUGCAGAUGUGGAUGAGCUGCCCUUCAUUCCUAUGCCACUGUCCAUGGUUUUUUCUGGUUCCAGGGUCUCUCUUAAUGAGAUCCCAGGGGACGAGGAGGUCACUGUAUGGGCCAAUGUUGCUGCUGAUGGGACAAGUAGAAAGGACAACAUGGAGGUUGCAGGUACAAGAGGAGGGGUUAGUGAAAGACUAAAGAAUGAAGAGGAAACCGUGAAUGAGGAGAAAAUGGGAAACACAAAACGAGCUCCCCUUAAAAAAGGAUCAAGUGUAGAGUCAGACGAGUCACAGACAAAGGCAAGGAGGGCUACCAUGAGGAGAGGCAGCUCUGCUGAUUCAGCACUGAUUCUCCACAUUGACCCAGAAGAGGGAAAUGUCAAUGAGGAUUCAGAAGCAAGUAACAAGAGCCUGAAAAAAGCUGUUUCUAUGGAACUACCCAAUCGAAGCCCAAGCCCUGGGGUGUCAAAGUUAAGCCAAGAGGAUUAUGCUCUAAAACUGGAGCUGAUGAGACAGCGGCUGCUCAGGGGAGGGAACGUGGACAAGAAGAUGAGCGGCCUGCGAGGGCCCUUGUUUGAAACACUCGGCAUGGAAGAUGAGAGGCGUACAGGGUCUCUUGAUCGAAAUUUGAGGAGAUCCAGAGCGGGGCAAUCAACACUCACAAGAGCAGCGUCUUCUGAGAGUCCUGGAGAGGACACGCCAAAGACCAAAGUUUUUCGGAAAAGCGCCUCCUUCACUCAGGAGGAUUCUGAGCCCAUGCCCCUGCACCGCAGGUUUGGAGCCCCCUUAGAGAUCCCAUCAGUGAGCAAUGGUAGCAUAGAAGGGAGGAAGCUUCAGGAGGCAACCUCAAUGUCCGCACUAGCAGAACAAACAUCACUGGAGUCUACAUCUGCCUCACCCACAGAGCGUAUUUCCUUUAUACUCCCAACACCAGGAAGAGUGGACCAACAGCAAAAGCAGAACAAUGUGAAAGAACAUGAGGAUAUGCAAAGCAUGAAUGAGAAGAACAUAGAUGGAACAGAGAAAAGGACCAACAGGAAAGUAGAAUCUGAGUCUAGAUCACCCUCUGUAAUUACUCCUAUAAUUGUAAUAGAGGAGGAUGAUGAUGAAGAAGAAGUGAGGAAAGAAAAUCAGGAGUUACGUAUUAGUGAGGAGGAAGUGAGGGGAGACAGGAAAACAUCUCAAAAUAGUAAACCAUCGUCUGCAUAUGGAAGUGCAAUGCAAGGUGUUGCAGUGCCAUCUGGGAGGUCUGACCAAUCCAAAGAUCCUGCCGCUACAGCCAAGCCUAACCGAACGAAGCCCACAGAUAGCCCCUCGUUACCUGAACAUCCAGCAGUAUUUGCUAAAGUAGCCACUGCUGACCGAUCUCCUGGUUCUCCUUCCACAUCAUCAAACCCUGAUCUCCCUACCAUGCCUCGUCAGCCUGUGCUCAGAACAGACAUCAAAGACAUCGACUCAGAGGAGGUCUUUGAAGCCAGGUUUAAGAAGCGUGAGUCUUCUUUGACCCGUGGCCUCCGAAAACUGACCAGAAACAAAUCGGAGGAGAAAUCACCUGUACUGAGCCGGAAGAUGGUCGAGGGGGGAGAAGAAGUUUACAGGCCGGGGGCAAGGGGAGCACCUCUUGAAAUGGUAUCCAAAGGACUACAAGAGAAAUCCAAAUCUGUUCAAGACUUGAGGGGAGAAGCAGAAAAGGAGAGGGGCCUGGGAAUUAUUGGGAGAUUGUCCAUGCGGACCAAGAGAUCAACAUCAGUUGACAAAAAGGGGGAGAAACCAAAGGAGGAAAAGAAGCAGGAUGUGCAGAAAACUGCAGUAAGCAAGAGGGUUUCUUGGGCUAUAGGUCGCAGUAAGUCUCUGGAUACAAAGGAGCUGAGCAGUGCUGGGGCAGAGAGGCAGUUGGAUGAGAGAGAGCAAAAGAAAGACGAGGAAUCAUCUGUUUCUGCUAUGAGGCGCAAGUUUGAGUCCAAAGUGGCAGGAAUCACUGCCAAAAUUAGGACCCAGUCAGAAGAGAGGAAGGAUAAAGACGCUGAGGGAAGUCAGAAAGAGCUGGUGCAAAAGGAUUUGAAGAAGGUCACAGAUUCCCCCGUCUUGGCAAUGCGACAGAAAUUUGAAGACAAAGUGUCAGGAAUAUCCACAAAAAUCCGCAGUCAGUCUGAGGAGAGAAAAGGGGAAGCAGAGGAAAAGAGGACGCCACUGUUUACUCGCCAUCGUCAUUCUCACUCUGAAGGGCGUGGACUUAAAGGAAUGGGCAUCCCCGAGAAUCAGCUCGCGAAGCAGACAGGUGCUGGUGCAUCUAAGGAAUCAAUUGAAUCCACUUCUAGCAUGCAUUCCGAAAAAGCCUCAGAGAGCGACAGGCGAUCGCGAUGGGACAGGUGGGGUUUGACAAGGGGCAAGAAAGACAAAACUCCCUCCCAGCCCGACCUCCCGUCAUCCGUCCCCAAAGAGGAGGGUCUGUCAGACUCUCAGAAGUUUAUCCGCUCUGCUUCGGACUUUGCCCCCGUGUUCCACAUCAAACUGAAAGACCACAUCCUACUGGAGGGAGAUCCGGUCACUCUUAGCUGCCUCCCAGCUGGCAGUCCACAUCCAGAAAUGUCAUGGAUGAAAGAUCGAAAACCACUGGAGGUGGACGACAGAAUCAACCUGAUCUCCCAUCCAGAUGGCAGGCAGCUUCUUAGGAUUUUAAAGUCCAGCCGGAAGGAUGCUGGAGUUUAUGAAUGUGUAGCUACCAACCCCAUAGCUACCAUCACCACCUCCUGUAUUCUGUCUAUAGCUUGUGUUCCAAAAAGGCCAGGGACCCCUGAAGUCCCUCAGACUUAUAACAACACAGCCCUAGUGCUCUGGAAGCCAGCAGACACUAAGCCUCCAUGCAGCUACACCCUGGAAAGAAAGACAGAGGGAGAUUCUAACUGGAUGACAGUAGCAACUGGAGUGGUCGACUGCUACUACAAUGUCACUGACCUGCCACCAGGUGGCACCUUUAGGUUCCGCGUCUCCUGCGUCAACAAGGCAGGACAGGGGCCAUACAGCAACUGCUCUGCUCCAGUCAGAGUGGACCCAACAGCUGGAGGAACUUCACCCACCGUGGCUGUAGUAAAAACAGCCCCAACCCCUGAACCAGUGGUCACGUCCUCAAAGACCUUCCCUCAUCACAAACCAAUCCAGAACAACGCUCCCAGGAUACCUGUUUCCACCAUCACCACCACCACCUCUCCAAAAGUAACUUCACCUGUUACUUUCCCUCAUCCAGCUGCUUCACCAUCAUCCUCUGUGCCUUCCAGCCCUGCAGCAAACCCUUCAUCGCCAUUUGCAGGUGCAACAACCGAGGAGGCUCAAAAACCAAGCUCCAGUCUUCCCUCUUCACCCACAGUCAAAGCGGCACCACCCCCUGUCAUGCCAAAACCCCUGAGUCCAGUGAACGUGGUGUCACCUAUGACCCAGACUCCACUCAUAUCAACACCAACCGCUCUUGUAACCCCGCCUUCAACCCCCACCAAACCAGCAGUGGCAACGGUGCCCACUUAUGUCCCCACCAUCACUGCCACUGCUCGUGUGGCCCCGACUCCCAUCUCCUUUUCCCCUCAAGUGCUCCAGACAUCCAGCCUGAGUCCCAUCGGUGGGACCAGUACCCCUGCCAGGGGAACCCCAUCCGGACGCGCUACACCCUCCACUGCUCUACGCCAAGGGAUUCCACAGAAACCCUACACCUUCCUAGAUGAGAAAGCCAGGGGUCGUUUUGGAGUCAUCCGGGAGUGCAGAGAGAACGCGACAGGCAAAAUCUACAUUGCAAAGAUCGUUCCCUACAGCCAGGAGACCAAGCAGGAAGUCCUGAAGGAGUAUGAGAUCCUGAAAACUCUUCACAAUGAAAAGGUCAUGGCUCUGCACGAAGCCUACGUCACACCGCGCUACCUGGUGCUGGUGGCAGGGUACUGCACUGGCAAAGAGCUGCUGUACAGCCUCAUAGACAGGUUCCGUUACUCUGAGGACGACGUGGUGGGUUACUUGGUCCAGAUCCUUCAGGGAGUCGAGUACAUCCACAACCGCCGUGUCCUCCACCUGGACCUCAAGCCCGAAAACAUCAUGGUGACCAACCUCAAUGCCAUCAAGAUCGUGGACUUUGGGAGCGCUCAGAGCUUCAACCCUCUCAGCCUCAAACACCAGGACAUAGGAGCAGGAACACUGGAGUAUAUGGCUCCUGAGAUGGUGAAAGGUGAAGUAGUGGGUCCUCCUGCAGAUAUUUGGACUAUUGGAGUUGUCGCCUACAUCAUGCUUAGUGGUCAGCUGCCCUUUGAAGAUAAAGACCCUCAACGUGUCGAGUCCAAGAUCCUGAUGGCAAAGUUUGACCCGACAAAACUGUACCCAAAUGUGUCCCAAAGUGCCUCCUCCUUUGUAAAGAAGAUGCUGAGCAGUUACCCUUGGGCCCGUCCGAAUACACGAGACUGCUUCAUGCAAGCCUGGCUGCAGGACUCCUACCUGAUGAAGCUGAGGAGGCAGACUCUCACCUUCACCACCAGCCGACUCAAAGAGUUCCUGGUGGAACAACAGUGCCGUCGCGCCGACGACGCCACCAAGCACAAGGUGAUGCUGCGCACCUACCAGAGCUCACCCCAGUCCCCGACGUCUGGGACUGCACGGCAUGUUCCCAGCCCAAAGUGAAAUAAACGGGGACAGUGUUUGUCUCAGUUUGACAUGCAGCACCAGACACAGGUUUGAAGAGUUGGAUCUGCCCAAAAUGAUGCAAAAAUACUUUUUUAUUUUGCAUCGUAAAGCUGUAACUCCUCUGUGAGACUCUCCUGUGUCUGAAAAUGUCAGCCUGCCAAGUUAGGCGCAAGGACGGCGGGCAGCUGGAUAGCUGAAAUAUCCAAAGAAAAGACAGGAGUCCAUGUGAUAUUUUUGGAGAUUUCAACAUUCAAUACUAAUGGGAUUCUGAGAUGAAACAAAAACAUGAAGAAAGAGAAGCAGACCGCAGUGACAUGUUGAAGGAGUUCAGAACUGCUCGUUUAUCCGCUGAGAGGACACAGGAUGUUCUAUGGUUUUCUUUGAGUGCACAAUUUCUCAGUUACAUUCAGUCACAUUGUGAAUUCUGAAGUUGCACAUUAAUAUUUGGUUUAGAUAAGCAACUCUGCACGAUCAGCCUGGAACAUGUAUAUCAUUAGCAUUUCUACAGCACAGCCUUGUUUAUGUCACUAAAUUUAGCAGUAAACAACUCAUGUGAAUGUACCAUAAUUUAAGCUGCUAAUUUAUUUUUGCAUUUACUUACACAUUUUAAAACUCAAAACCAAAAAUAUCUUCUUUUUUUUUUUUUUUUCUUGAAAUUGUUUACUUUUUCUUGUUAAUUUAUUUGCAUGUGUGUGUGCGGGCGAGCGUUUUUGAUUCACUUUUCGAAUUAGUAUUGAGGCAAAAAAAAAAAAAAAAAGAGUGUCGUUGUGAUUGGUGUUUAAAUUCACACAGUACAACUGAACUAUUUUAGGGUGAGCUAGGAAUUUGUGAACUUAUUGUUCUGUGGUUACAUCUGAAAUUUACUGUAAUACAACUAUGAAAAGCAGUCAGUAAUGUAGAUAACAUUUUACUUGGAAAAGUCAUACACACUGGUAAAUUACAGUACUGUGGUUUUUCAGUAUUACCCAUUGGUCAAAUCACGGUUACCCAGUUAGUGCCUAAAUCGGAUUAAUAUCCAAAAUAUUUAUCUUGUAAAUGUGUCUCCAUUGGUACUAAUUCACGAUUUAUUAUUUGAACAAAGCAAAAAUUUGACUACAAUAUUUGGACUUUACAAGAACAGACAGAUACGUAUAGAUUCUUACAUACAUGCAAACAUUUAUACAUGCAUACAUACAGUACAUGCAGUCCUUGUAAUAAUAGAAUGUCUUGUGUAUUGCUCUAUGACAGUGUUCCUUUUUGUAUGAAUUUGGAUGGUUGAAGAUUUGUAAAUGUACCAAUUUGCGGUGUUUAUAUGUGGAAAAAGUUGAACAUGUUUUUAUGAGAUAGUAUGUAAUAAACUAUUGAUACA